AUGGAUUCAAAGCUUAUUCAGUAUAAUGUUACUACUCGCUGGAAUUCCUCUUAUCGCAUGCUUAAUGAUGCUUGGAAUGCUGCUCCUCAGAUUCAGGAAUAUCUUAAGAUAAAUCAUAUCUUACCUCCUUUUACUGACCAAGACUGGAAUCAGCUUGGACAAAUCUGGAUAGUCCUUGCAGAGUUUGAUAGAUAUACACUAGAGCUCUCUACUGAUAUUCCACAAAUCAGUCAGUCUUUGGCUAUCUACUAUCAGCUCUUUGAUCUUCUUCAAGAAGUCCAGGAUAGGGAGGGAAAAUUCAAGGACUUUGACGCAGAUAUCGCUAAUGCAGCUAAAAGUGCCAUGACGAAAUACGACAAGUACUAUACUCUUAUGGAUGAUUCAUGCGAUAUUCUCUAUAUUACAAUGCUUUUAGAUCCUCGGUUUAAGAAACUUGUUCUUGAGCAUGAGCUACAGGAUGAAGCUAAGGAUAUUAUUACUGCUAUGCAAGAGCAGCUUGAGAUCCAGUAUCCUAUACCUUAUAAGCUGGAACUUCCUAUAGCUUCAGAAGAGCUAGGACUAUCAGCUGCAUUGGAAAAUCCGCAUAAGACCAUAGUAUCGGAGAUGAUGAGUAAGAUUAAGGCAAAGUCACAAAAGUCUACAGAAAAGUCCUCUGAUAUUGCACGAUAUCUCAAUUCUGACGUUGUGGAAUUUAACGACAAGAAGAGAGAUUGGAUCUAUACAUGGUGGAGAGGUUAUAUAAAUGAAUAUCCAUGCAUGGCAGCAGCUGCACGGGAUUACUUAGCUGUUCCAGCAGCAGAGGUUGAUGUUGAGAGAGUAUUUAACACUGGACGGGAUCUUCUUGGCUUACGGAGGUGGUCUUUGAGCAGUGGAACUAUGAGGAAGCUCCUUAUACUGAAAGAUUCACUUAGUAAAUAA